AUGGAUCGCAGAAUAUCACCAUCAGACUUGACCGACUCAAACCGUCUCGUGGAAGAUACCAUGAUCCAUGUAUUUCGUGUGGAUAACACAACGGUAGUAAAAUUAUGCGACCCAAGUCGCCUCGCCGAGGCAGAAGCCAUGAGGUUCAUCCGCUCUAAAACUUCCAUUCCGGUUCCAGAGGUUUAUAACGCUUAUGUCGAUGAAACCAUUGGCCGUGGGGUCAUUGUUAUGGAGUACAUUGAAGGGGAGGUUCUUCGCGAUGUUAUUGAGGAUAUGGAUGACACACGGCGCCAAAAGAUUAUCUCGGAAUUGCAAAAGUUCAUGUCCGAGCUACGAUCAAUUGAAGGCAAUUUUAUCGGCUCUAUUGAUGGCUCAGCUUGUGAGGAUCCUGUCUUUUGUGCCGAACAGGGUGGGUUUGGCCCAUAUAAAACGGAGACCGAAUUCAAUGAGGGGUUAGUCCGGGCAAUGACCAUCAACCAGACGACGAACUCCUGGAUUAAGCAUGUUGCAAAACUCAUUCGAGCCAUGCCAUCUCAUACAACAGUGCUCACCCACGCGGACUUUUCUCCGCGAAACAUCAUUAUCAGUGGUGAGCGGGUUGUUGGAAUACUCGAUUGGGAGAUGGCCGGAUUUUAUCCUGAGUACUGGGAAUAUAUCAAGGCUAUGUAUCACCCGGACUGGCAAAGUCGUUGGGUCGAGGAUGACAUUGUGGACACUGUACUGAAACCAUUUUAUCUCGAGCAUGCUGUCAUGUUACAUAUGCAACAGGUUGUCUGGUGA